UCUGUUUUUGUGUGCGAAAGCGCUGCUGAACUUGAAGGUCAACGAAAGCUUUUGAAGCAACAGGUAUUCGUAAAGAUGGCAAACUCUCGUUUUCACCUGAGCCUGGUGUUGAUGUUUUUGACCUGCCUAGCUGCGCUCGCUGCAGGAAGACCUCAGCACAGUCUUUCGGCCUACGAUUCUUCACAGGGAGAAAACAGCCUGGAAUCGAAUGAAUUACGUCGAUACUAUCAAUCUGCAGAAGAUCCGACCUUGGCAAAUUUACAAAUGCAACUUUUGGCUCAACAAUACGCAGCUGCUAACAGGCUGGAUGGACUUCCUUGGGAACAGCUACUUAGAGUUCCUGAAACCAAACGCCAAGUACGUUAUCGUCAAUGUUACUUCAACCCGAUAUCUUGUUUCAGAAAAUAG